AUGUCUGUAAAAGAAAGAAAAAUUGCAAUUAUGGGUUUAAAAGGUGUAGGAAAAACUUCGUUGUGUACGAGAUUUGUACAGGGACAAUUUGAAGAGGAUUGCAUUCCUACCAUAUCGAAUUUUUUCAACACAUCUAGGCAAUUCAAAAACGAAGACUAUGAUUUGAUAAUAGUUGAUACAGCGGGUCAGGAUGAGUAUUCACCAUUUCCAACUCAAUACUCGAUCGACAUUCACGGCUACGUUCUUGUUUACUCAAUCACGUCAUCGAAAUCGUUCGAAGUAGUUAAAAUUAUCCAUGAUAAACUGGUUGAUAUGUUAGGGGUCGCCAAUGUGCCUAUUGUGCUUGUAGGAAACAAAACCGAUCUUCAAUUUGAAAGAAUGAUUAGUAUUGAGGAGGGUAGGAAAUUGGCAGACUCAUGGAAUGCUGCUUUUAUUGAAACUUCAGCCAAAGACGAUUUCGCUGUAAAAGAUUUAUUCCACACGAUGCUACUAGAAAUUGAUAACGCAAAUAAUGGAUACAAAAACAAUAAUUGUGUUAUAUAUUGA